CAUUGGAUCUUAAACCCGCAGCCCCUUUCCAUGUUAAAGCUUCACCCAUCGCUCUUCCCCUUUCCUCGGAGCUCUAGUCGUCCGUCGCUUCGCUUCGUACCAAACGAGAAACAAAAACCCUAAAAAGGGUUCGAGGGAAGAGAGAAUCGGCUUGAUUAGGGAUCGACUCUAUUCGAGAGUAUGACAGGGCAAGGAAGCUAUGUCCCACCACCAUAUAUUCCUCUUAAUCAGUCAGAACCUGAAGCUGACGGUGCUUCUGCAGAUGAUAGUCACCCUUCACAUCGUCCGAUCGGUCGGGACCCUACACAAUGGUCUUCUGGAAUCUGUGCUUGCUUUGAUGAUAUGCAGAGCUGUUGUAUAGGCACAAUCUGCCCAUGCUUCCUCUUUGGAAAGAAUGCAGAAUUCUUGGGUUCUGGAACUCUUGCAGGGUCUUGCAUGACCCACUUUAUCUUGUUUGGACUUGUCAAUUGUCUCUGUUGUCUCUUUACUGGAGGUAUACUGUCAGGAUUACCAGGAGCUAUGAUUGCAUGUUAUGCUUGUGGGUAUCGCAAAGCACUUCGGGCAAAGUAUAACCUGCAGGAAGCACCAUGUGGUGAUUUAACCACUCAUUUAUUCUGCCACUUGUGCGCCAUUUGUCAAGAAUACAGGGAGAUCCGGGAGAGGUCAGAUGGCUCUACUCCUGUUCUUAAAUUCCCUCCUGUGACCGCUCCCCCUGUCCAGACCAUGGAGUUGGAUCCACAGGAUUAAUCUGCAACUGCGGAACGUCUACUCGCUGUUGCUACUUCCGAUUCCUAGUAUACUGCUCGGCAUGUUCAUGCAACGUGGCUCGUAUCUGUCAAAGUUUCAAAAUUUUCCAGUAAAAGAGUACUUUUGAGUCUUGGAACCGCACCACUCUUCAGCUUGUGCGCAUGGGUCUAAUAGCUUCGCUUUUGACCUGGGAAAAUUUGUGCAAAACAUUGUGAGAUACCAUAAACUGUGUGAAUGAUUUGUGUUUUGACAUUGUGUAUAACAUUUUCAAAAAACCAGUAAAAGAUCCAUGGAUCAUAUAAAUGA